AUGAUAAAUCAAGGAAGGCGAAACCUGAAAAAGAGUUUACUUUUCCAACCUGAAAAACGCCUAAAGGAGAAAAAAAGAAAAGGUGAAACCGUAAAAGAGGAGAGAGACCCUACUAAGUGCAGGGGUAUUGUAGUAAUAAAAGUGAAGAGCGAGGAAAACCCAUUCGCUUUUCACUCCCGUCCUAAAGGUCGACUCAGUCUCCGGCGAGUUCGACUCGGGAAAUCAAAGACAUUCCGAGAAUUUCUCAUUCGAUUCAUCUCCCUCUCUCUUUAUCUCGAUCCUGGAUCCAAAAGUUCCAUCGCUGAUUCCCGAUUUCAAUUGGUGAAGAAGAUGGCGUCUGAGCUGACAUACCGAGGACACGAGACGGAGCAGCCAGAUGCGCAGGCUUACCACCGGAAGCAAACGAAGCCGUGGUUCGUAGCGAUUCGUCCGAUCCGUUACAUGCUCCGGGAACAGAGACUCGUCUUCGUUCUCGUCGGCAUUGCAAUCGCCACAUUAGGUUUCACAAUCUUCUCUGGAUCCUCAGACCGACCGAGCCCCUACGCGGAUCCGCUCUCCGGGUACGGAAUGAGAUCGGAGUCGUCGUAUGUCCCGGCGCAGAGGAAACCGAGCAUCGAGUACAUGAGCCGGAUCGGAUCGGUGGGGGGGAAAAUCCCCCUGGGCCUGAAACGUAAAGGGCUAAGGGUCGUGGUGACCGGUGGGGCCGGGUUCGUCGGGUCUCACCUGGUGGACCGGUUGAUGGCGAGAGGAGACAACGUGAUCGUCGUCGACAAUUUCUUCACGGGUCGUAAGGAAAACGUGAUGCACCAUUUCGGAAACCCAAAUUUCGAGCUCAUCAGGCACGACGUCGUCGAGCCUAUCCUUCUGGAGGUUGACCAGAUCUACCACUUGGCAUGCCCGGCCUCUCCCGUUCACUACAAAUUCAACCCGGUCAAGACCAUCAAGACGAACGUGGUGGGAACAUUGAACAUGUUGGGUCUAGCGAAGCGAGUCGGUGCCAGAUUCCUCCUGACGAGUACCAGUGAGGUGUACGGAGAUCCCCUGCAGCACCCUCAGGUUGAGACUUACUGGGGCAACGUUAAUCCCAUCGGUGUUCGGAGUUGUUACGACGAAGGCAAACGUACGGCGGAGACUUUGACCAUGGACUACCACAGAGGCGCUAAUGUUGAGGUUAGGAUUGCUCGGAUCUUCAAUACUUAUGGCCCAAGGAUGUGCAUCGAUGACGGUCGUGUGGUUAGCAACUUCGUUGCGCAGGUGGGGGCAUUAAGAAAAGAGCCAUUGACUGUUUAUGGUGAUGGUAAGCAGACAAGGAGUUUCCAGUUUGUCUCUGAUCUGGUGGAGGGUCUGAUGAGGUUGAUGGAAGGAGAACAUGUGGGGCCAUUCAACCUCGGUAACCCUGGUGAAUUCACCAUGCUCGAGCUUGCUAAGGUGGUUCAAGAGACGAUAGACCCGAACGCAAAGAUAGAGUUUAGACCAAACACAGAGGACGACCCACACAAGAGGAAGCCGGACAUCACAAAGGCUAAAGAGCUUCUUGGUUGGGAACCCAAGGUGGCUCUACGCCAAGGACUCCCUCUUAUGGUCAAAGAUUUCCGUCAACGUGUCUUUGGCGACCAAAAACAGACUUCAACUUCUUCUUCAUCAACAGAAUAA